CUUGAAAACAAAUAGUAAAAGCUGAUGAAGAGUAAUUAUUAUAUGUUGAGCUAAUUAUUUAAGAAAAAGGAAGAAGAUAUAGAAUUUAGCCCAGUACAAUCUAAUAGUUGAAGCUAGAGUUUGCUGAGUAGUUAUUAACCUGUGUGAAAUACACCUUAUCCUCAAACCCACAAAUUCCAAGAAGGAAUUCCAGCCCCUGUCCCAGGCUCAUUGCUGUCUUUUACUCAUUCCUUUACUCUUCUAAUCCAGCUUGACUGCUAACUUGUAUUGAGGCAAAAUAUGUCCCCAGUUUGUGUGUGUGUGUGAACCAGUGCAAGCUCUGCUGAUGGGAGAAGAUCUGAAGAAGAGAGAAUAGAAAGAAGCAAAGGAAAGGAUAACAAAUGAAGAAUGAGCCAGUUCCUCAAGGUUGACAUAUCUCCCCUGACUGCAAGUGUGAUGAAUUCAACUAAACCAGGUGGAGGUGGAACCAAGUCCUUGAAAGAUAUUGCUGCAGGACACCAGCUUGAAAGUGACAGCAGAAAUUUACCUGGAAUGAAACGAGCCCUUCCAACAACAGACCCUGAUGUACUCACCAACAAACGAGGGCGUUGGGAUGAUGAGCAAGAGGAUUUCCGGGCCGCGUUUCAGGACUUGCGAGGAGCCCUGGUGAAAUCCCUGCCGCACUUGGAACGGCUGGUUCGAGACAUGCAGAAUUUCCAAUCUCCAGCUCGUCACGGGAAAUCGACUCGCUCCGAAAUCAAGGCGAAACUCGUCAAGUUCAACGAGCUCUGGGACAAGAAUAUGCAGAAUGCCGACGACAAGUUUAAGAAGUCUUUCGAGUUGCUGUGGACGGCUGUCUUGAAGCAGGACAACUUUCCCGGAAGAACCCGUCGAAACGAAGCUGUGUUGGUGACGAGUGAACAUACGCAGACCAUGAAUUCCAGCAUCACCAUGCGGGACGUGGGAACCGAAACCGUUUGUGAGCCAGAUGAGAACGACCAACCCGGGACUCUUGCAACUGAGAAGCGACGCACUCUGAGGAAAGACGUCCCUUCUCCCGUGAUUGCGGAUGGACUCGAUGAUGAAGAAGAAGUGACUUGCUUGACUGCCAUUGAGAAUUUCGUCACUCCGACGCAGCCGAAAAUCGAGAUGCCCGAUGUGCCGAAUCCUGGCGCAGUCGCUGAGGCUAGAAAGCGGGUUCAUGCACCCUUGUUUGUCCCUGUCCAGCAGGCACCAGUGGUAUUACCUGCUGCUGCUGACGUUCCAGCUGUUGUUACCACGAGUCAUGUGUCCACUACUGUGAAUGCUGCACCGACGUCUCUAGUGCAGUCUCCAUCAAAUAUGUCACUCCGCCAGUUGGUUGAUCAUGUACAUUCUUUUGGAGGGAUCCCAGCUCUGUCAACCUCAAAUCAACAGGUGGGUCCA